AUGCAGGAGUAUUACAAGAGCGGGCUGAUCCGCUGCCCUUCCAGUGUAUCAAUACCAGAGCUACGCGAGGCAUGUGACUACCUGCUUAUCCCGUUCGACGCGACGACGGUCAAGUGCCAGAACUUGCGUGGCCUUCUUCAUGAAUUGUCUAAUGAGGGUGCUAGGAACCAGUUUGAUAUCUUCAUUAACGAGCUGAUCAUGCCUGUUAUGGUUACCUGCGCCCAGAGAGGUGACAGGGAAUGCCACAUAGUUGUACUGACCGAUGACGAUGUUGUGGACUGGGACGAGGAGUAUCCACCCAACAUGGGCGAAGAGUACUCACAGAUCAUCUAUAGCACAGCGAUGUACCGAUUCUUCAAGUACAUUGAGAAUAGAGACGUUGCCAAAAUUGUAUUGAAAGAGAGAGGAUUGAAAAAGAUUCGACUGGGCAUUGAGGGGUACCCGACCUACAAGGAAAAGGUGAAGAAACGGCCAGGUGGACGACCUGAGGUGAUAUACAACUACGUGCAGCGGCCAUUCAUUCGCAUGUCGUGGGAGAAGGAAGAGAACAAGAGCCGCCAUGUUGAUUUCCAGUGCGUGAAAAGCAAAUCGAUUACGAACCUGGCAGAGGCGUCUGUAGACCCAGGCCCCGAUCAGGCGUCGCAGCGAGUCGCCGCCCACGACGCGGCGGAAGGUGGCGCCGCCGCCGCCGCCGCCAUGCCGCUCGACCUUCCGAGCGUGGAGCCUUACCCUGGACCCGCGCCGCUCCCUCCCGACGACUGAUGGUGGCUUCCGGCACGGGCGACGACGAUCGCGGCUCUCUGCCGGGCCGCGCUGACGGCAAUCCUGCGUUUCGCGUGCAAGCUCGUGCGCGUGUGCGUCGUAGACGGCGGCGUCUCGUCGUCGCUGCUGCCGUCGAUCUGCAGUAUUAUUUUUGCGUGCGCGCCGCGGCUGCCGCGACGCAAGCCGAAGCGCGCGCCGCGUCGUCAUCUCGUGUGAGAAGAAAGCGUAGGUGGCGCCGCCGACGAAGUACGUAGCAGCGGAUAGUUUUUAGCGCGGCGAUCGUUCGGAGUGUUUCUGCUGCGUCCGCGUGGGUGUCUAGGAGGCAGUUCGGUGGCUGCACCCGGGAAAUGCUUUUAUGCGGAGGCCGCAGCAAUGCGUUGCUGCAGAGGACUCUCCCAGUCCCCCCCCCCCUCCUUGUAGGCGGAUGUCGGAGUUUCUUUGCCCGAAUGUUCCAGGAUCCUUCUCCCGCUCUACGGUGGUUCCGGGAUACUUCUCCGGUAAUGAGUGUAUGUGAAUCUUCCAUUACUUGUUUCGUGCCCUAUAAAAUGCACUCGUUCAAGGUUGAGCUGCGAGAUAUUUUUCUCGUCUGUUUUUUUUAUUACCAUCAGGAGAAUUCCUAGUUUAAUUGCGAAGGGUUUUUAAAUCGAACAAAAAACCCAGUGCGACCGAUCAUGCACAGUAUUUUCCUGGAGCAGCCUUUGGAUCAAUGUCUGUGAAUGGGUGUUGCCCAUGAAGGGCGCAUGUAGUUAGCUAGCUAGCUCUGACUAGGUGAGGUCCUAUUUUGAUACAUGUUCCCCUUCCACCUGUGUCAGUAAACACAUUGUAUCAUCAUUUCCAAGUUAGUGCUAUGAUUCAUGGUGACGUGCAUAGCGCUCAUGCUGUAAUUGUAUUGACGUACUACAGCUGCAGCUGGUCAUGGUGCAUGAGGCAUGUUGGCAUACGUGUAUCAUAAAUCACCCAGCUGUUCACAUAUUCGUAUUAACUUAUUACUGGGAUAGUUAUUUAAAGAAUACACUCAAUACAGUAUGCGUUGAAGUAAUAUAUAUAUAUAGAGUUUAUACUAGAGUGGAUUAAUGGGUUGUUUUUCCAGGUGAUUUGAUGACAUACUUCGAUUACGACGGCUAGCCAAAAAAAGGCUGUACUUCCCCUUGCUUUUUUUAAGUGUACGAUUUGACAUAUACAUCUCUCACGAAAUGUCUUGGCUUCUGACAGAGAGCUGCGUGUACUAUAUUGUAUUCGACAAAAAGGUGGAAACGUUGGUUUAUGUGAUGUAGUCAAUGUCAAAAAUAUUAUGCCUGAUUGAACAUAAUCGUAUUUCAUACUAACAGUGGUGGUUCUGGCUCAUGCAAACAUGUCCCGCUUCUGUUUUGCACAUGCAUCUCGAAAUCUUACAGUUAUCACGCUGGUGAUUUGUGAAAGCUGGUAAACUCGACUGUGAGGAUGACUCGACUAGGGGUGUUGGAUCACGAGUACAUACAUCACCAUAUACAAUACGGUACUGAGUCUAUUUUAUACAGCCUGGCAAUCUAAGUGACCCUGCCUCCAAUCCAGGAGAUAAUUUCACAUAUCAAAACUGACAUUUCGGUUUGCGUGGCGGUUGCUGGUGCUUUUCCUGCGACUCAAUCUCGAUGGAAACAUAACCAUGUUUAUACGCAUCGAGUGCGUCUAGAAGUUCAAGUAGGGUGGGAUUGACUUGCGAGAUGUUGUAGAAACUCCCCGGGAUGUAACAUUGAGCUAUUUUUCCC